AUGUCUGAUGAAGGCAGUGAAUCCAGCGGAGACACCGGACGGUCGCAUAUCUCAUCCUGGUGGAGCAGGGUACAAGCCUACUUUGAGGAGGCUGUUAAUGACUACAACCAGUCUGGACAGGAGGACCCCAGUCUGAGAGAUCAGAUUGACUAUGCUAACCAGUCCAACGCAGAGGAAGUGCCGGAGGCCUUCAAGGAGGACGAAUCACGGGUCAGUAAUAUCGAGAAGCGUCGAUCAACCUCAACGUACAAAAAUGAGCUGGCAAUGUAUGAGCAAUUGACCAAAAUGGAACAACCCUCCUGUUGCAUGCGGGGCCUUCGAGCAUUCUAUCACUGUUUGACUAGGCACUGCUGUAAUUUUGACGUUAAAGUAUUUUACGAAAAACCUCUUCUGUGGAGUACACCGGCCACGAGCUUGGCAGUGGGAUUUCUAAUACGAGAGAACUGUUUGGGCAUUAUAUCCGGCAUUAUAAUCGGCUUCUUGGCAUUUGCUCUAUUUCUUGUGACAUUUGGACACGCUAUGCACAUUGCGACUCUGGCCAGCUGUUAUACCAUGCUGUUUGCCGUGUUCGGUAUCUCCUUCUCGGAGGACAUACGCUGCGUUUUUAUGCUUGUCUUACCCUACCUUGUGGCCGCUCGCGCACGUUGGCUAUUGAUGGUCUAUGCGACUGUUCUGACCACCAUGGGACCCGGGCUAAACUUUCUGCACAACUCCGGCAACUUCCGGAAUGCCAUUGGUUGUGUUCUGGGCCAGGUAAACACAAACCUACGGCUGUUGGAUAAGAUCACGGAAGCCCCCAUGUGUCUGUUCGGUCGCCAGGUGAGGGAGUUCAUCCAGCAGGGCAAUGAACAGUUGCAGCGCAUCCGAAAUCUCCUGGGUAAAAUUAAAUUCUCUCUACUGCGAGUAAAUAAGGUAAUGAGGACCAAGAACUCCUGGAUCAAGACCCUGGUCGCAGCCUGUGGUGAUGAAAUCGCAAUGAAGAACCAAUGUCUAGCCUUCUUCAAUGCCCUGUACUUCAACUGCAGAGCCACCAUGACCGGAGCAAAGUUCAUAUGCAAACUCGUUCGGCUGUUUGCUGGGGAAUCCUGUGUGGCCAUGAAAGGGUUGAAUGACUUUUGCGAGCAUCAGGGCCAGGCGCUGCAGUCUCAGGCAAGGAAGUCAACCAAUGUUACACCGGAGCAGAUUGAGGAGGGCGAAGCGGCUCUGCUGAAUCUCAUCGGAAGAAAUAAUGUUAGCAUGGAGAGCGGUGAGUUGGUUGAUGUUGACCUCUCAACCAGUCUCUCUAACAAAGCGCAAAUCACAAGCCUGAUUGAGGAGAAGAUGGACUCUGUAUUUAACACCUUGGAAGUCUUUAAAAGCAUGUUAAGCUGGUUUCUGGUGGGCUGGACGCUGCUUACUGUGGCACAGUUGGUGCUUCAGGCUGCUCUAUUUAGAAGAAAUUGGCUGAAAAGAAUAUAUUAUGACAAUGUUUACAUUACACCAUCAUUCAUUCGCCAGGUAAGACCACAGUGGAUGAUGACAAUCUCCUUUUCUUCGCUUUAUAUGCACUGUUAG